AUUAUUUCCUUCUCUUUUGAUUUUCACCAAACCCUUAUAUCUUGUUCUGCGGCUGAUAUCCGUGUUCAUGAGUUUUUUAAGACAGCAUAUUUCAAGUCAGGGAUCCACCCUCUUCCAGGUGCUCAGAUGACUCUUCAGAAGUUAUCAAGAUUUUGUAGCCUAUCAGUUGUAACAUCACGACAAAAUGCAAUUAAGGACCACAUAAUUGAGUGGCUAGAGAAGAAUUACCCAGGACUGUUUCAUGAUAUUCACUUUGGUAACCACUUUGCUCUUGAUGGUGUGUCAAGACCAAAGUCAGAAAUUUGUAGGUCUUUAAAUGCCAAGGUUCUUAUUGAUGAUAACCCACGGUAUGCCAUAGAGUGUGCUGAUGUUGGAAUUAGAGUCUUACUUUUUGAUUAUGAAAACUCAUAUCCUUGGUGCAAGAACGAGUCUGUUGAUCAGCAUCCACUGGUGACCAGAGUUAAGAACUGGGAAGAAGUGGAACGACAAUUAAUGUCACUGAUAGCUUCUUAGUCGUUAAAACUUGUAACAAGGAUUUGUGGAAAACCAUCCUUUCUACAUGAAGUUCUGCACUACAUGUGUUUGAAAUAUCUAAUAUAUAUUCUUGAAGACUUGAGCUCACUUAAAGUGGCGAUAAGGAGACCACUCAGAAAUGGCUUGAGGCCAAAGAACUAUAAAUGACAGGACUAUAUUCUUUUUCCCAUUUUGAGCAACAUUAAGGAAGAUUGGAAUAGGAAGUUGUUCAUUAUGGUCGAAAUUAUGGUGAUUUUACCAUAUGUAGGAGUGAAAUCUGAAUCAUAUUGGUUAUGCCAUCCUAC